AUACCGAAAGCGCCGUUGUUUUUUAGGGCGUUUUAGCCACCUUACUUCUUUGUGGUUGUUUGCCUAUCUACAUUGCCAUUUUGUAAAUCCCAUUGACCACUUGCACGUCCACGGAUAGAUGAUAUAGACGCGAAUUGGCCCGAACCCGAAGUCUGAACCCAAAACUCCGUUAGUCCUUUGUUGAUGGUAAUCGUGCAUUGGCGGAGAGAAAUCGAAAUCGUUAGCAUUCCGUAGAGGCAUUCGAGGCACGGAGCGAGCAUGUUCAGUAUCAGCGAGCUCUGUUGCAUGUUUUGCUGCCCCCCGUGUCCGGGUCCCAUUGCGGCCAAGUUGGCCUUCCAGCCGCCGGAGCCCACGUACAAAUUGACCCCGGCGGACGAUACCAACAUCCGGUACAACCUGCAGUUGUUCGACCGCGCCGAAUGGCAGUACUCAGAACGUGAGAAAUCGAAAGUGGAGGCCUUCUUUACGCGCACCUCGCGUGGCAACCUGAUCACCUGCAUCUAUGUCAGGUGCAGCAAGAAUGCCAAGUACACGCUGCUCUUCUCGCACGGGAAUGCAGUGGAUUUGGGCCAGAUGAGCAGCUUCUACCUGACCCUGGGCUCCCAGAUUAACUGCAACAUAUUUGGGUACGACUACUCCGGCUACGGAAUGAGUGGCGGCAAGCCCUCCGAGAAAAAUCUGUAUGCUGACAUAGAGGCAGCCUGGCAGGCAAUGAGAACCAGAUUCAACAUCAGCCCGGAGACAAUCAUCUUGUAUGGGCAGAGCAUUGGCACUGUGCCCACUGUGGACCUAGCCUCGCGUCACGAGGUCGGCGCUGUGAUACUCCAUUCGCCGCUGAUGUCCGGCCUAAGGGUCGUCUUUAGGAACACAAAGAGAACCUGGUUCUUUGACGCCUUUCCCAGCAUUGAUAAGGUGGCUAAAGUGAAGGCUCCGGUUCUGGUUAUCCACGGCACCGAUGAUGAAGUCAUUGACUUUUCCCAUGGCAUCGGAAUCUACGAGCGAUGUCCUAAGACUGUCGAGCCGUUUUGGGUGGAGGGUGCUGGGCAUAAUGAUGUGGAACUGCAUCCGCAUUAUUACGAGCGACUGCGCAAGUUUCUUUCGGUGGAACUCGUGAAAUGACAAUUAAAGAAUAAUGUGGACGGAGGCGUUAGUGACACUACAUCGGGUGUAAUAUCUAAUUCAAACCCUGCCGCCGGUAGUGCGUCCCUAAGUUCAAAACACCCGAACCCUGCUCCUGCAGCAGGAAGCGAAACAAGUAAAAAGAAUGUGGAUACAAAUGUCAAACGGAUUGAAAACGAUG